GAUCCCAAUUUGGGACAUUUUUGAAAUAUUAUAUUUAUAUAAUUUGUUUGCAUCCAACAAGCUACUAGUUGCUAGUUCUGUAAAUCUAAUGACUCAUUGUGUGCCAAAUGAGCCUUCCUACUGCUGUGACAAAAUGUAUAUCCUCAGGGAAUAAAGAAUAUGAGAUAACAUUUUUAAUUUAAUGUCUGUCAACAGAACUAGCCAACAAUAUACGUAGUAGGAGAGUACAUUUUUUAAUAAUUAGCUCCCAAAAAGAGUUGACAUUUUUUUUAACUUAUUAAACCAGUUCAUUCACAGAAAAGUAUUAACAACCAAGUUGAGUAAAAUACAUUUUGAAAGUAAUUUCCUUAUUUUAAGUACCAACUAUUACCUUCUCAAAUGUGAGGAUUUGCUGUUCCUGUUUGUCUUAUUCGAUAGUAAACUGAAUAUUUGAAACGUGUUUGAUUGAAUAGGACAUUGCAGCCUUCUGUGGCCUUGUACUCUGCGAUAUUUCAAUACAUUGUUAAUGUUCUAUUACUUUAAGGGAAUCUAACAAUAGGAACAUUUCUGCCGUGUUUUUGCGGAUGAACCGGCGGGUAAAUAUCUCAGGUGUUGAAAGAAAGAGUAAAACAUUUCAUUCACUUCCUCGUCUCUUCCUGUUCUCGUAGGUGGAUCAAAGUCGCUAUGGAGACCCCUUUAUUUUCGCUACAUACCGCUCUCUGUGCUCGUGGCUGGCUGAGGAGACUUCCUGUCUGAAGGAGGAAGUGACCGGACUGCUACCGUUCCUUAUCGCCUACUCCCGGAGCCACCUGCAGGGUGAGAGCCCGGAGCACGGCCUCUCUGAUUGGAUGUCCGAAAUGUCCGUCAGAGAGGAGACAGGGGCGUGGACGGGCAAAGAAGCUCUGAGGUAUCUCCUUCCAGCUCUGUGCCACCUGUCGGCAGAGGAAGAGCCCAGGAAGGUGCUGCUCACCCUCGACACCCCUGCAUUGCUGGUGGACUUCCUGUCUCAGUGCUGGACCUCCCUCAAGGGGAAAGGUGGGGUGUCCUCGGCCAGGGAUCCCAGCAUGGAGACAGCCUGCUCAGCCCUCCUCAACUUCACCGUCACAGAGCCGGAGAGAGUCAGGAAGGACCCAUGUUUCAGAACGCUGGAGGCCCUUCUGAGUGAAGCACUUCCUGUUUUGGUUCACAAACCCCGCCUCCUGGUCCUGGCAGCAAAUUACUGCACGCUGGGACUGAUGAUUGGCAGACUCAAAUCAGCUCCUACAGGCUCAGUGGAAGCCGGACAGAGGCGGUUCUUCUCCUCCGCCCUCCGGUUCCUCCGCGGCGCCCUAGACUCCGGCUCCAGCCCCGGCCCGGUCAGGGUGAGCCUCGGCUGGGCGGAGAGCUGGGAGGAGGCGGCGGAGCUGUGGAGGCUGAGUCUGCAGGCUCUGGGGGGCUGCGUGCGCGCUCAGCCUUGGAUCGGCAGCCUGGUCCGAGAGGAAGGCUGGCUCAAACACACACUGGCCAUGCUGAGUCAGUGUAGUGCACUGCCUGAGCAGCACACACAGGGGGCGCUGGAGGAGGCUCUGUGCGCCAUGGCAGACCAGUGCCCUGUGUGUAAGGUGGAGAUUGGAGACGCCAUGAGAAAUGAUAAAGGAGCUUUGAUCUCUCUGAGGAAACUGAAAAAGUCAGUGGGAGUAAAGUAAAACCAAUCAGACAUCUUUUAUGGAUUACAUUUUUCAAAAUAAAGUAACAAAGAAGGGCUGUAGCCAACAUGAGUUUUUAUCUGACUGAAUAAUGUGUGACCUGUUAACCCUGACUCAUUAUAAGGAGAAGAUGGCGCUGCUGUUUUUUGUAAAUGCAUUUUUGUGGAAAAGAGGGCACUCAAAAAUUAUGAACAUAUUUUUUUGAAAAGAAACUCCAAAGUUUGUAGAAAGCUGCGCUCUGGAAAGAAACGCUUUUUUACGUGUCAAUUGUAAAAUGUUAAUGUCUUAAAUAAAAGCUAUUUUGUUAGAAAA